AUGGACGCAUAUCUAAAACUCAUCCAGGACCUGGCCCAAGGCUUCAACCACUUCGCCCUCACCAGAAUUCCUCGCUCGGAAAACACCCAGGCAGAUGCCUUGGCCGCGCUCGCGUCAAGCUCGGAUCCAGGACUAAAACGGGUAAUCCCCGUGGAAUUCAUUGAACAUCCGAGCAUCGGACCGCCGGUGAUCGCCAACCUGAUUUGGGGACAAAUCGAAGAUGCGGAGGAAAUCGAAGAUCCACCAAAAGGAAAGAUGGAUCAGCUGGAAUACAGUUGUGACAGCCCAUGGCUAGAGCCGAUCCGAGCCUACAUAGUCGACGGAACGCUGCCCGCCGAGAAAUGGGCGGCACGCAAAAUUAAAACCCAAGCCGCACGAUAUGUAACGGUAGAGGGAGAAAUCUACAAAUGGAGAAUCUCUGGCCCACUCAUGACCUGCGCCGAGGGAGAAAAAGCGAGAAAAGUGAUGGAAGAGGUCCAUUCCGGAUCGUGCGGAAACCACUCCGGUGGAAGGUCACUCGCAGUCAAAAUAAAAUGCCACGGUUAUUACUGGCCAACUAUGAUCAAAGAAAUGCGAAAAAUACCAAAGGCAAGCGCCCACCAUCCAUCAACCUGCGGAGGUCCUCUCGUCCAUUACAUCUCCUGGGUAAAAGUAGAAUCCUACGCAAGUAUCAAAGACGUACAAGUCGAGAGCUUCGUAUGGAAGAACAUUAUCACUAGGCACGGGGUCCCUUACGAAAUCGUAACAGACAACGGAUCUCAGUUCAUCUCUACCCGAUUUGAACCGUUCUGGGAGAAGUGGAAGAUACGGCUGAACAAGUCAACUCCUAGAUAUCCACAAUGUAACAGCCAGGCAGAGACCAUUAACAAACCAGUCCUUGAGGGGUUAAAAAAGCGCUUAGAAGCCAAAAAGGGACGAUGGGCAGAUGAGCUUGAAGGAGUUCUUUCGUCACAUCGUACAACCCCAAGACGGGCCACGGGAGAAACUCCCUUCGCCCUCGUUUACGGGACGGAAUGCAUGAUCCCAGCGGAAGUAAAAUUUCCCGGAGUGCGGAGAAGAUUCCUCCCCGAACGAGAAGAUCUCAACAAUGCAAUGCUGCUGGACGAACUCGAUCUCAUUAACGAGCGACGAGACCAAGCUCUCAUAAGAAUCCAGAACUACCAGCACGCUGCCGUGAAAUACUACAAUUCAAACGUUCGCCACCGAAGGUUCAAGGAAGGUGAUCUGGUUCUGCGCAAAGUCUUCCAAAACACUGCCGAACGUAACGCAGGAAAACUGGGAGCAAACUGGGAAGGACCAUACAAGGUCAUAAAGGUUGUCCGACCAGGAUCGUACCAAAUCGCGAACAUGCAAGACGUCAAGAUCCAAAGAACCUGGAACGCGAUGCAUCUUAAAAAAUACUACCACUAA